AUGAUUAUCAAGCGGUGCGCUAAACCCCAGGCUUCUCAAACAGGAGUGGCCAGCGAUGCACCAAUCAGUGGGAAAGGGGGUCAUAAAGAAGAUGCAAUGACGUAUAACCCUUCUUCUCCCGACUUAGAGUUUUUUGGAGGAUCCAACUUUGUGCCACAAACAGAUGAGGCUGUGGCUGUGGAUCCGACAGGUGUUGAAACAAAUGCAACCCUUGAAACUGGUGAAGGUGCCGUUGUAGAGUCUGGUUUGUCUACAAUGAUCGCUAGCCCAGAAAAGCUACAAGGGGCGAGUGUGGAUGUCGGCAUCGCAGAGCCUACCAUUGCCAGCAGUGAUAUUUCGAUGGAAGGUUUGAGCGACAAAGAAACCUUUCACAACGCAGCUGAUGCCCCUUUCUCUGAUCCGAUACAAGACUCUUUGGGAUACGGCGAUAGGCCAUUUGACAACACAUUGUCAGAAUAAGAUCAUCGUGAGGCUGCCGAACCGAUCAUUGAAGUUGUUGAACCGAUCAUCGA